GAAGCGAUUGGGAAAGAGAGAGAGAGACCGCUAUCAGAGAGGCGGAGUCUGAGCGGAAGUUACCGAGGGUGGGAGAGAGACAGUUCUGACGAGGCUUGUUCCUGCUGCUCCUGGUCGCUGUCAGUAUUACAGCGGAGUUCAGAGCUACCGGAGGUCCCGUGGAUAAUUAGGCUACUCUACAGUCUGACCGAAAAAAAAAAACGUCUAACUGACAGCAGCAGAAACGUCCCACCCUAUACCUCUUUUCCCAGGAGCUGGACACAAGCUAAUUGAGACGAUGCUUUUCUGUCUGCUGCCUUUCGCGGCUCUCUUGCUGCGCGCAGAGGGCAGGCGCGGGGGAACGGUGGUUGGUAACAAAAACAUUGGCCACGCGAUGGACAACGACAAAUGGCUCAGCACCGUGUCUCAAUACGACAAGGACAGAUAUUGGAACAAAUUCAGAGAUGAAGUUGAGGAUGACUACUUCAAAAGCUAUGGUCCUGCUAAGCCAAUCAACCAAGAGACAGAGGCGAGGCCCAGCAGACAUGGGGAACCAGGAACCAAAGCCCACUCCAACCCAGGAAAGAGGAGAACAGAAGAGGCUCCGGACGCCACUAAAGACCCGUGUCUGAAGGUGCGCUGCCCUCCUCACAAGGUGUGUUUCAGCCACGACUACCAGACAGCCAUCUGCACCAACACCAACCACAAGCAGCCUAGACACAGUGUGAAACCCAGAAAAGAAAGAUUGACCCACAAACACUGGGCAGGAGCAGGGGCCCAUGGGAAGUGUGGACCGUGCCCUGUCAUCCACCCCAGCCCCGUGUGCGGCUCUGACGGCCACACCUACUCCUCUAAGUGUAAGCUGGAGUUCCAGGCGUGCACAUCAGGGAAGAGCAUCGCUCUGAAGUGUGAGGGACCGUGCCCAUGUCUGCCUGGUCAGGAACUGGUCAAACCACACAGAGACAAGACAGAGAAGACCGUCUGCAGUGAUGGGGACCUGCAUAGCCUAGCAUCCAGACUGAAGGACUGGUUUGGAGUUCUCCACCUUGAUGCCAACCGAGACCUCAAAUCCUCUGCCAACUCUGAUUCAGCGGCAGGACGUUUUGACACCAGUAUCCUGCCCAUCUGUAAGGACUCCCUGGGUUGGAUGUUCAACAAGCUGGACAUGAACUAUGACCUCCUGCUGGACCAAUCAGAGCUCAGUGCCAUCUACCUGGAUAAGUAUGAGCUGUGUAUGAAGCCCCUGUUCAACUCCUGCGACUCCUUCAAGGACGGGAAACUGUCCAACAACGAGUGGUGCUACUGCUUCCAGAAACCUGACGGUCUGCCCUGCCAGAAUGAGAUGAACAGGAUUCAGACUCAGGGUCGACGGAAGAGUCUCAUAGGGGCCUAUAUUCCACGCUGUUCUGAGGAGGGUUACUUUAAGUCAACCCAGUGUCAUGGCAGUACUGGGCAGUGUUGGUGUGUGGACAAAUACGGCAACGAGAUCGCCGGCUCCAGAAAACAGGGCAACCCCACCUGUGAGGAGGAUCAAGAGACCUCGGGGGAUUUUGGCAGCGGGGGUGGCGUCCUUCUCCUUGACGACCAGGAGGAGGAGCCACCUCGGAGUGGGAGGAGCCGGCAGAAGCAGAGGCGGGGCCGGAUCCAUCCCAGAGGGGCCAUCGAGGAUGACGAGGACGAGGAAGAUGACAAAGAUGACGAGAUUGGCUACGUCUGGUAGCUCUGCCCCCACCUGCUCUCCCAUCAACCAACCAGGGACUCCCGUUAACUCUGCACAGACCUGAAGCCAUUCCAGCGUCUCCUUCGUCCUGCCCCCUGCCCCUCAGCAUCAGUCCAUGUCCAACUGACUUUUCCUUCCUCUUGUUCAUAACUUCAUUGAAGCUUUCUCUUCGUUAAUCCCGUCCUACUCAACCUUCAUAUAAUGUGUCCACCUUCUACUCUCCUUCAGAUAAUGGAGACCUAUUCAAUUCAAACAAAGACUCUUUUCUUGUGUUACCCUCUGCUUCAACUGUCCCCAAACCCUUCAAUUUUUGACUGACACCGAUUGCUAUAUCCUCGUUCUCUCUCUCUCUUGCUCUCUCAUCUCCCCUUUCUCUCUCUUUAUCUGCCUAUGUUUCUGGGAGUUUCGUGUCUGUCUGAGGCCAUAGACACAUUGGUGUAAAUACCUUCACAACAGGCUGUUCUCCUGUUUGUGUUCCACUCGCUUCCUCCCUCCUCAUGUUCUAGAAUACCAUAUUCUCGGGUUCCAGAAUACUCUAUAGGCUCUGCUUGAGAAUAUCGUUCUGGCUGUUAUUGAAUGUUCCAGGGUGUCCUAGAAUCAGCAAGAAUGAUUGUGUUUUUUUGCAUGUUCCCCUACUACGCCCCUGCUGAAGACAUGUUUGGGUAGCCAGAUAUGUAACCCAGAGUAUACACAUUUACUUUGGUUUAUUUGGUGACAAUGCCCACACUCGCUGCUGCAGCGCUCUCUUCUGUUGCAGUCUUAUUGCCGUGCAAACCUCCUCUAAAUGCCUGCUUUUAGAAGUUUAAAAUGACAUUGUGAGCCACUAACUGAAUAGCAACCUCUAUCUUCAGCUUGAAAGUUCAAAACAUACAUAUUGUUUUUCCAUUAAUUUGAUUAUUAUUAUUUAUUUAUUUGAAACAAGUUUUGUACUUUGGUUCAGGUGGAGACGAGCACUUUGUCUGUGGAAUUUCAGAUCAGAGAAAUCCUACAAGGUACCCAGACCUUUUUCAAACCUCCACAAACCAGCCUGCAGCUUUUGAGACGGACACAAAUAUAUUUUUCUUUCAUUUUAGCGGUUUGCUUUGAUUUUUUAAAAGAUUUUUACUAAAAGCAGCAGGAGUUUAAAAACAAUGUUUUACCAUAAUAGUUUUGUGUGUCGUAGAGUUUGAUUUCUGUAGCCAUUGGUUUGUAUUGGUGACAUAAGAAGUGAAAUAUUCUAGCUAUAGUAUAGCUUCUAUUUUAAAUGAGUUCCUGCUUUAUUUCAGAAUAUUUCGGGUUGCAGUCAAGUGAGGUCAGUUAUCGUAAUGUAUCUACCCCACGAACCCAGAUGAGAUAGGCGUAACCCAUAAGACGGGCUUAUGAACAGUUAUAAGCGUUACACUGGUACAGUAUAAGCACACACAAUGCUUAGUGACAUUUCACUUUAAUAAUAACAGGCCUUCGAUGAUUGGAUGCAUAUAUUCACAGGUCUGAGCCGGGCACUAUAUGCUUCAUUGGGCUUGUGAUGCAGCGUAAUGAUACACUGCUUUUGCGUGCUUCGGCCAGUGGGGAGCGAUCUUGAACAGAUUUUUUUAUUCACAUGUGAGAGUCUGUUGUGAUUGACACUUUGGUCCAUAUAGCACAAACAACAGCUCUACAGAAUAGACGGCUGAGCUCUUCUACUCUUCAGCAACACUGAUGUUUUCCAAGUGUAGGUCCAGGCAGGCACAGAGCUAAUUAGAAAACAGUCUGUCAUGACCAAAACCUGCUUGCUCACUUUACAAAUCUCACGCUCUCGCUCUCUUUCUCUGCUACCUCUCUCACAGCCUUUUACUCCCCCCUCCCUCUCUCUCUCGCUCUCACACAUCUUUACUUUCUUUCUGUCACUCGCUUAUUUUCCCUCUUUCUCUCGCUCCCUCUCCCCUCUCUCUCACUAUCUCUCUCUUUGCUCUGUUUUUCACGCUGGUGGAAUGCAUGAGUGAGUUUUACAGCCGUGGUGCUCCUCUCGCUCCUCUCAUUCAUCUAAUUUCCCUUAUUUUGUUUUUUAUAGUUCGGAGUCGACACCCGUAGAGUCGGCCUUUCAUCUCAGUCUUCUCCCAGAGGAGCCUGGGAAAUCUGGGGACAGGAAGAGGAACACAGGGGAUGAAAGUGAUGCUUUUGGGUUCGGGGCUUUUUUUUCUCCUUCCCUCAUCUCUCUCCCUUUCUCGAAUCCCCAUCCUCCAUUUUUGGUCUCUGUCCUUAUUGCGCUCCCUUUUCUCCCUUCUUCAGUCCACUCCUUAUCCCUUUCUCUCAUGCCCACACUCAUAUACAGUAUAUCUGUGUAUUUACUAAAAACUGAUGGGUGAUUUCUCCCUCUGUCCAUUAAUCAAUCGGUUGGUCCUUUCAGAUCACAACAUUAACUCAUCUAGUCACAACUGAUCACUGCAUCACAGUGACCUCUGACCCUGAUAUUGAUUGGUUGUUUGUUUAUCACGUCAACAGCAUGCAUGAUGACCCUUUUGUGUUUUGUCCCUGUGCAUCUUCAACUCUGACGUCUCUGUGUGUAUAUCAGCCAGAGAGACAAUAAACCUCCCGCUAACACAAUAACACAACACACACACACACACACACACACACACACACACACACACACACACACACACACACACACACACACACACACACAGCCUGUAACAUACUUGUAACGCGUGUCUAUUAAGUCAUCUCUUGCUGUAGCAGUGUAAGGCCUCUUCUUUUGAUUCUGCAAUCAACCUGCCCUUGACCUUUGCCCUCUCAUGAUGUCAUAACUGACCCUUGCCCUGUCCUGAUGCCACUGCUGUCCCUCGCUUGCCUGGCCUGCUGGUGUACAUAGCUCUGUUUGGCCCAAGUCACUCAAACGUCUACAGAAGCGGAAUUACAUGCAAUCCCAAGGUCCUUCGCUGUUGCUGAAAUGUCCUCAGAUACACACACGCACAUACACUCCCCUAUGUCUUUAUUUGGACAGUGAAGCUAAAAUGUUUAAUUUGGCUCAAUACUCGCUAUUUGUAUUUGACAUCAAAUGUUUUAUAUGUGGCGACAGUACAAAAUGUCAGCUUUUAUUUUAGGCUAUUUUCAUCCACAUCUAUUUUACUGUUUAGAAAUGGAAGUAUGCUAUGUAUAUAGUCCCCCCCCCAUUUGAAAAUGUCAUAAGUAUUUGGACAAAUUCACUUAUAGUGUGUGAGAUUUAGUCAAAAAUGUUGUAUUUGGUCCCAUGUUCCUAGCACUCAAGCUUGUGACACCCCAGGUUUGUAGUAUGCAUUUGGUUGUGUUUCGUGUUAUGUUGUGCCCAAUAGAAAUGAAUGGUAAAUAAUGUAUUGUGUCAUUUUGGAGUUGUAAAUAAGAAGAGAAUAUGUUUCUAAACACUUCUACAUUAACGUGGAUGCUACCGUGAUUACGUAUAAUCAUGAAUGAAUCACGAAUAAUGAUGAGUGAGAAAGUUACAUAGGCGUAAAUAUCAUACCCCCCCCUCCAAAAAAUGCUAACGUCCCCUGUUAUUAGUAAUGGAGGAUAGCAUGUGUUUGGGGAUAUAAUCUUUGUGCAUCUCAAGCUUUCUCUCUCAUCAUUAUUCCCGUUGAAUUUGUCCAAAUACUUAUGACACUUUCAAACGGGGGACAAUAUACAUAAAGUAGUGCGUUUGUUAUUUAACAGUGAAACUGAUAUGUAUGAAAAUACAGUCAAAUAAAACAUGUCAUUCUGUAAUGUCGUUGCAUAUAACACAUUUUAUUUGAAAUCCAAAAUGAUGGAAUUGUCCAAAUAAAUAUGUAGGGGAGUGUACACACACACACACACACACACACACACACACACGAUACAGUUUUACGAUGCUAGUUCAAACACACACAUAAAUGGCCAUGUUUGCAAAAGUCUUCUUUGUUAACUCUCUAUAUUUUUUACUUUGUAAAGAGAAAAAAUGACUCAUGUUAAAGGGUAAUAUAUUGCCGUGUGAAGGCUCUGUGGCUUUGUCCAGUUGCAGACUGAGGUGUGUAAAUCGAUUGUCCUUAAUGUAGCUAGACUCCAGAAGCUCUUUCCAUAGAAGCAUAGUGCAGUGAGUUUUAGAGUGUCUUAUUUUCCCCCUUCUGAAGUUAUAAUGGAAUGUUGAUGUUAUGGGCUGAAAAUACCUUUAUUUUAUUGUAACAGUUCCACAAUGUUUGUCUGAAUAAAUUUAAGUCUGUCCUGUCCUGUA